AAUACUUUACAGACAGAAUAACGAAACACAUUUUCAAAAGCAACGCUUUAAAGAGAAGAAGAAAAAGAAGAGGAAGAAAGAAGAGAUGGCAAGCACUGCUGGACAGGUUAUACGUUGCAAAGCUGCUAUUGCAUGGGAAGCAGGGAAGCCACUAGUCAUUGAGGAAGUGGAGGUGGCACCUCCUCAGAAAAUGGAGGUCCGGCUCAAGAUUCUCUUCACUUCCCUCUGCCACACUGAUGUUUAUUUCUGGGAAGCGAAGGGCCAACACUCCGUGUUUCCUCGAAUUCUCGGGCACGAGGCAUCAGGGAUUGUGGAGAGUGUAGGGGAAGGCGUGACAGAACUUCAGCCCGGAGACCAUGUGCUCCCUGUUUUCACAGGGGAGUGUAAGGAAUGUCGUCAUUGCAAAUCAGAAGAAAGUAACAUGUGUGAUCUCCUCAGGAUCAACACAGACAGGGGUGUGAUGCUUAAUGAUGGGAAAUCAAGGUUCUCAAUUAAUGGGAAACCAAUUUAUCAUUUUGUUGGGACUUCCACAUUUAGCGAGUACACUGUGGUCCAUGUUGGUUGUCUAGCCAAAAUCAAUCCCCUUGCUCCUCUUGACAAAGUUUGUGUCUUGAGUUGUGGAAUCUCCACAGGCCUUGGUGCUACUUUGAAUGUUGCUAAACCUAGAAGGGGAUCAUCAGUGGCAGUUUUCGGUUUGGGGGCUGUUGGCCUUGCUGCUGCAGAAGGGGCUAGAAUAGCAGGUGCCUCGAGAAUCAUAGGAAUCGAUCUGCUUCCUGACAGAUUUGAACAAGCAAAGAAGUUUGGGGUGAAUGAAUUUGUAAAUCCAAAAGAUUACCCUAAACCAGUUCAAGAGGUAAUUGCUGAGAUGACUGAUGGAGGAGUGGAUAGAAGUGUGGAGUGUACAGGAAACGUCAAUGCCAUGAUCUCAGCCUUUGAAUGCGUGCAUGAUGGCUGGGGAGUUGCUGUUCUUGUUGGUGUUCCACAUAAAGAUGCUGUCUUCCAGACUCAUCCCAUGAAUGUCUUGAAUGAGAGGACUCUCAAAGGAACCUUCUUUGGAAACUAUAAACCUCGUUCUGACCUUCCGUCUGUUGUUGAAAAAUACAUGAACAAAGAACUUGAAGUGGAGAAAUUUAUCACUCAUGAAGUAACAUUUUCUGAGAUCAACAAGGCUUUUGAGUACAUGCUCAAGGGAGAAGGCUUGCGAUGCCUAAUCCGUAUGGAGGAGUAAAGAAGAAGAACCAAAUGCUUUUAAUGAGGCUGCUAUUACUACCUGCGACUUUUACCAAAUCCCUUUACUUGAAGCUUUAAAUUGUUCAUAUCAUAAUUAUCAGUCAGUUAUUUAAAAUUCUCCCAAGUUGAAGUUGACGUUCUGUAUUUUAUCCUAAGAUCAAGCCCUUUUCAUGUGACUACGUACUGCCUUUUCUUUUCCUUCUUUUGUUGCCCAAGUAAAUUAUAUAGUUGCACAAUUAUCUUUGGAGGAA